CAAGCUGGACAUUAAGAGCAGGAAAGGGAUUUUGGUGCCCAGCAAGCCAGAACUCUUCUAGCGGCAGCUGCUGCAGUGCAGAAUUGAAGGUGGGAACAGUCUCCUCCUCCGCUCCGCCCUGCUCCUCCUCCCAGCCUCCAUCCGGGCUGGUGCUGGGGUUAGCCGUGGGAGGCCACCUGGCUGCUCGUCUGCCCGCAGUGCACCGCUGCCCGGCAGCCUCCGACGGCAGGGAGCUUCCCGGAGAGCCGAUGUCCAUGGCCGCGCUGGGCAGCGAGAGGCAGGGGCUGCAAGGGCUGCGUGUGCGGACGGCUGCGUUGUGCGCUGCGCGGAGGUGGCUGUGUGGCAGGAUGUUGCAAUGUGACACGAUGCCUGUUUGUUUGCAAUAGCUGCGACCCGCCUGGCAGACACUCCAGUGGGAAGCAGAGGGGAGGUCCAGAGACAAGCCAGCGGGGGAAUUAGGAACUGUGACGCCGUGUCCUCUCCUGUGCCGGAGCAAGCAAAGAGAGAGGUAGAGGAAAAGAGCCUGAGCUUUGCAACUACCCUGACGAUGUGUCAGUCAGACAGCCUGCAGGGACCAGAGCUGCACGCAGGGAAAUGGCUGCGCGCAGGGACCGGCGGCAGCAGCAGCUGUGCCAGGGACCAGCACCCAUCACUGGAGAUCCCAGGCCCGGCUGGCUCUGCCGGUGGUACACCAAGUAGGAGAGCUCGUUUCAGGUUGCAGUUUCCCCAGCUGGCCCUGAGGCGAAGGUUGGGCCAGCUGAGCUGUAUGUCUAGGCCUGCUCUGAAACUGCGUUCUUGGCCCCUGACUAUUCUCUAUUACCUUCUGCCUUUCGGUGCCCUUAAGCCCCUGACCAGAGUGGGAUGGAGGCCUAUGAGCAGGGUUGCACUCUACAAAUCGGUUCCCACUCGCCUGCUCUCGCGAGCCUGGGGGCGCCUGAACCAGGUGGAGCUGCCCACCUGGCUGCGGAAGCCCAUCUACAGCCUCUACAUCUGGACCUUCGGAGUCAACAUGAAGGAGGCAGCUGUGGAGGAUCUGCACCACUACAGAAACCUCAGCGAGUUCUUCCGUAGGAAGCUGAAGCCGCAGGCGCGGCCGGUGUGCUGCCGGCACAGCGUGAUUAGUCCUUCUGACGGAAAGAUCCUGAACUUUGGACAGGUGAAAAACUGUGAAGUGGAGCAGGUGAAAGGGGUCACUUAUUCUCUGGAAUCUUUCUUGGGCCCUCACAUCUGCAGAGAGGAGCUGAGCUUCAGCCACGCCCCAGCUGGCAACUCCUUUCAGCAACAGCUAGUCACAAAGGAGGGAAAUGAGCUCUAUCACUGUGUCAUCUACCUUGCACCAGGGGACUAUCACUGCUUCCACUCACCCACUGACUGGAGAGUGUCCCACCGACGGCACUUCCCAGGCUCUCUGAUGUCUGUGAACCCUGGUGUGGCUCGCUGGAUCAAGGAGCUGUUCUGCCACAACGAGCGGGUGGUGCUCACAGGUGACUGGAAGCAUGGCUUCUUCUCCUUGACAGCUGUAGGGGCCACCAAUGUGGGCUCCAUCCGCAUCUACUUUGACCAGGACUUGCAUACCAACAGUCCUUCUUACUCUAAAGGCUCGUACAACGACUUCAGCUUCAUAUCCAACAACAACAAGGAAGGAAUCUCCAUGAGGAAAGGGGAGCACUUAGGGGAGUUUAACCUAGGCUCUACAAUUGUACUCAUCUUUGAGGCACCCAAGGACUUCAAGUUCCACCUCAAGGCUGGGCAGAAGAUCCGCUUUGGAGAAGCACUGGGCUCCCUAUAGACAUUCUCUCUGCUGGGGUUUUGUCUCCAAAGGGACUCCUAUCACACCACUGAGAGUUCCCUUUAACAAGUAUGCAUCACUCAGCAGGACCUGGGUGAGGAAAACAGAAGACGUUGUUGCUGCAUUAAACUUAAGCGUAUUUGGCCUACAGCUGCAUGCUGCUGCAUGCAGGAGGAGUUGAAUGAGGUACAGCUGCCUUUAAGGAGGUUGCCUGUGGAGCUUUCUGUUUCACCCUGUGCCUGUAGCCUUUCAUGUUCUCCCUUCUGUGCCACAGGAUGUUCUCAGAGCCUGUAAGUCCCUUUUUGAGCCUUUCUAGGCUGUGCAGGUGCAAUGGGGAAGAGUGGAGACAGAUGAGCUGUAUUGAAAGGCACAGUGACAGGCUGAGUCAGCCUUUGUACUGCAGCAGCUGUUCUUCAGCCACGGAGUAAAGAAUGUACUCUCGUAUUUAAUUCCGAGGCACUCCACUGAAGUUCUUGUCUAAAGGCAGCCAGUUAUUGUGCAAAGCCAGAGUGAAGUUGGCUAAGAUGGCUUUGGAGGCCACAGCAAAUGCACAAGAACUUACACUCAGCCAGCUUUUUAGCCAGCUCUGACACUGUCCCUUUACAAAUGAACUGUAUUUUAAACCUGGAAACACUGUGUCACAUUCCAUACACAGAACCCCCAGCCUGGGAGAGGUUUUGUACCAAAAAAACCACAGAAACCCCCAAGGUGUGUGUCCUGUUUCCAAUCCAGGGUUUCACUUUGCUGUUUCAGGCCUUCAAGAUUGAUUGUAUGGAAGACAAGGGGUAAGGGGUUGGAAAACAAAUGGGAUGUUGUCAUGAGGAGAGAAAGUAAUCAGAAUGUGGGUUUACUUUCUGCUUUGUGUCUCCAUUGCUGUCACUGAAUUCUUGGAAGAGUUAGUUCCUUUAUUUAUGGAAGAGUUUCAGAUGCUUCAGGACCAAUGCCCUAUUCACUGACUGCCGAUAAAAGUAUUGUGAAUUAUGGAAGUAAUCCCAAGUUGUCAACUGGGCCAUCCGGAAAUGCACUGGCACAAAUUCCAUCUUAGUCAAAAAACAAACACCCCACAGGGCUCUGACUCCUGCCCUUGUACCUAGUACUAGGACUGUGCUGGGGGCUGAAGGCUCUAUGCUGAAGCUUCAUCCUACAGCAAAACUUCAGAGCCUCUUUGUAACUUCACCUCAAGGAGAGUUAAAAAUAACAGCCUGGAUCUGUUGAAAUGUGGCACCCACUAAAACUGGUGCCCAAUCGCUGAAGGGGAAUUGAGUUUCAAAGGAAUGUAUCAAUUGUCUUUAGACAAGAAACUGUUUCAAGUCCAGGCACUUGACACAGUUAGAGCUGACUGCUGUCCAGAGCUGGUAGGAAUGGACUGGCCUAAGACACCUGCCUUCAUGCUCUGAAAGGGUUCUUCUGUAACGUCCUUGCUUGAGCUACUUUUCUGCUGCUUCAAGGAGACAGUAGCCUUUGGCCAGCUCUGAUUUCCUGAAGCAAAACUUCUUUGUAUGCACUGCAGAAAACAGAAUAUGAACUUUGUUGUACAAAUGUGCAGUUUGCCCAGUCCUGUAUGCUUAGCUUGUCAGCAGGGAAGGAGGGAUGAUCAGCUGCCCAAGUGCUGGAGCCAGCCCUGAUGCGGAUGAUGGUGGCUGAGUGACAAGCAGGAGAAAAUUCCUUUGUCUCCAAGAGUCAGUGUUUCCUCACUUUGCAGGGGGAGGAGUUUGAAAGUUUGAAGUGGCUCUCAGCCACCUAUCCUGUCAACACUUGUUGGCCCUUGCAAGUUUCCUUCUGCAGCAGUAUAUUGCCAUGUACAGGUUGCACUGUUUCUAAAUCGCUGCUGCUGAGACUGAGGCAAGCAUCACCCCCAAGAGGAUAAACCUCUGAUUAACCUUGGACUGAAUUUCAGUGUCACAUUAACAGUAAAAAGCAAAUUUGUUCCCGUGGAUGGGAGAAAAGUCAACUGACUCUUUCCCCACUUUUCCACUGGGGCCUAGGGCAUCCAAACACAGCCAAAGCAAUUCUAAGCUUUAAUUCCUUCCUACUCAGCAUCAUCAUCCACAGUAGCUGAGAGUCACAGUGGAGGGUGGGUUAGCUGCAGUUUGCUUUAUUAGCAGCCUAAGGAGGAAAGGAUUCAGCAUGCAGGAAGCUGCCAAUGCUGUGCAGAGCUGGCUGAUUCCCAAGCACUAGUGUCAUGCAGUGCUCAGCAGCAAGCCCUGCACAGAAAGCAGAGGUCCUAGAGGGUGCUGAUAAUGCUGUGAACUUCUCCUGCAUGGAGAAUCCCUUUAAUUCAACUGUAUCAGUAGCACAGUAUUUUUGUAUGUCCAAGUGUGACUUACUGACAUGAACUCAUUCACCUGCAAACAUUUUGAAAUAAAGAGUCUUAUCAGCA